AUGCCCUAUCACGUCGUGACUCGUUCCGCUGGAAGGUCGAAGCCUUUGCACGGACCGCCGUCCCAGGACGCGGUCCGGCCGCUCGGAGAGCUCGACGACGGGGUGGGCGAAGAGGAGGAGGGCGCUGCGUCCCCUCCGACGUCAGUGGACAGUCCGCGUGGCCGGAAGAAGAGCCGAAAGGCCAGGCGUUUGGGCGACGCCGAAGAGCUCGACGAGGAGUUCACUCUUGAACAAACGUCAGACGAGUCGAGUUUGAGGCGUCGGUGCAAGAAGAAGGCAGCCAAACUUCCGGUUCGAGGCGCCGAACGCGCUUUGGCGAAGACGAGGUCGGCGUUGUUUCCGGAAGAGCGGCCGCAGCGUUCUGAGGAAUUAAAGGAACAAAAGUCGGAAUUGAAUCAGAAAAAAUUUCUUAAGAGACUCAGAGUUGAUAGCGAGCCGCAGGACGCGCCAGAGCAGACGCCUGACUCGGACGAGGACGGAGAGCACGAGAUAGACUACAUAGAUUUCUCGAGCAAGCUCUGCUUGAAGGGCGACCACGAGAAGAGAGCUCUGUGGGUGUGCCCGGAUCGAAGAAUAUACAUGGAAACGUUUUCUCCGCUCUACAAGCAGGCUUAUGAUUUUCUGAUAGCUGUGGCGCACCCGCUCGCGCGGACGCGAAUGAUGCACCAAUACGUCCUCAACCACGGGUCCCUGUACGCUGCGGUGUCGGUGGGACUGGACACGGGUACGAUCUUGCGCCAGUUGGACCACCUGUCCAAGGUGGACAUUCCGGAGGUGGUUGUGGAGUUUAUCAAGGUAUGCACGGAUCGGUUCGGAAAGGUGAGGUCGCUGCUGAUAAAAAAUCGACACUUCGUCCACAGUCAAGACAGAGAGCUGCUGCAACGACUCAGAGAGGACGAGACGAUCGACACGGUCGCCCUUUCUCAAGUCGAAGAGAGCGCCGAGCAAAAGACGGAACAGGAAUUCGACUUUUCGGGCGAAGAUCUGAACAUUCAGCUCGACCAGUUCGCUCUGGAAGCCGCGGCCGAUGACAGGGAGCAAACUCUCACGACGUACUCUUUUGAAGUCGACAGCUCUCAGUACGAGACGGUGAAGCGCAGGUUCAUCGAGCUGGACUACCCUCUUCUUGAGGAGUACGACUUUUCGAAGGACACGGUCAACGAGACCAUUCAAAUUUCGCUCAAGACGACCACCACUCUGCGACCUUACCAAAAAAAAUGCCUGGCAAAAAUGUUCGCGUGCGGCAGAGUCAAAAGCGGAAUCAUAUCGCUCGCGUGCGGAGCAGGGAAGUCGCUGGUGGGCGUCGCGACGUGCUGCGUCAUCAAAAAAAAAACGCUCUUACUGUGCACGUCGACCAUGUCCGUUCAGCAAUGGAAAUACCAGUUUUUGCUCUGGAGCAACAUCAAUCACCACCAAGUGGUCGACUUCGUCUCCGGGGGCAAAACUCGAAUAGCCUGCGAGGAAGACCUCGGCUCCAUCCUCCUCACGACGUACAGCAUGCUCUCCCACAGCACGAAGCGCUCGGACUAUUCGAGCUUCGUCGUCAAGCUGAUCGAGAAGCAGGAAUGGGGACUGGUCAUCUUGGACGAAGUCCACGUCGUCCCGGCCAACACCUUUCGCUCGGUCAUCUCAAAAGUCAAGUCGCACUGCAAACUGGGACUGAGCGCGACCCUCAUCCGUGAGGACGACAUGAUCGACCACCUUCUGUACCUCAUCGGCCCCAAGCUGUACGAGGCCAACUGGCUCGACCUCUGCAAAGCCGGACACAUCGCCAACGUGUGCUGCGCCGAGGUCCCGUGUCCAAUGACGCCGGAAUUCUUCAAAAAGUACCUUCUUGCGGAACCCAGGCAAGGCAGGGUGCUCUACACCAUGAAUCCGAACAAGCUGAGAACGUGCGAAUACCUGAUCCGAAUCCACGAAGCGGAAAACGAUAAAAUUCUCGUAUUCAGCGACAACAUCCUGGUGCUCAAAACCUACGCCGCAGCCCUCGGAAAACCGUGCAUUUAUGGAGGAACCACCAACUCAGACAGAAUGCGACUCUUAUCGGCGUUUCAGUACAACCUCAACGCCAAAACGCUGUUCAUCUCCAAAAUCGGCGACAACUCAAUCGACCUGCCCGAAGCGACCGUCAUCAUCCAAAUCAGCUCACACUACGGAUCUCGCAGGCAAGAAGCCCAGCGCCUCGGAAGGAUACUCCGCCCAAAGUCCAGAAAGGUCAGCGGAAGAGCCUUCGACGCCUUCUUCUACUCCCUGGUAUCCCAGGACACCAAGGAAAUGUACUACUCGGCCAAGCGCCAGCAAUUCCUGAUCGAACAGGGCUACAUAUUCAAGAUGUUCAAGCCCAUGUGCCACAAGAGCAGCAUCACUGUCGCCAGCACGAAAGAAGCUCAACUCGCGCUGUUGAGAAAGGUGCUCGCGGCCGACGUCAAGUCUCUGAGAGAAAUAGACGACGAGUACGCAGAGCAAGAAACAACGCUCCUCAUGAGCCAAAUGCCAGAAAACGUAGAACACGCAAUAGACAUAAUUCCGCAAAUAGAGUAUUCCUACACGCGCAUGGAAACCGGCACAAACACUCUAAGCGGUGCAACCGGAAUAGAAUACGACGAAAUACAAGAGCCACUGUAG